AGCGGUGUUCGGACGUUAUGUACUGUACUAACCAGAGCUUUUCUGCAGCCUCUUUUCUUCCAUCCCAUGGAUUGAAUCAAGAGUGGUAGUGAUCCCUGAGAACAGAGAGAGUGUGUCUGAAUCCUUGAGGAGGACUACAAAGCUAAACCUCAAAACACUGUGAAAAACAUCUUCAGUCUCAUUGCUUUCAAUCCAUCUGGUGUCAUCAUGGCUGGUCCCCCACGAGUUGAACAGACAUUACGUCACAGUGCCCUUGUCCUCCUCCUGCUGAGUGUGAGUGGUAGCCUGGGCCAGAAGGACUGUACAGGUGUAGACUGCCCUGAUCUGAGUAACUGUAUUGAGGAGCGGCUGGAAGCUGGGGCUUGCUGUACUACCUGCGUUCAGACUGGGUGUACCUGUGAGGGCUACCAGUACUACGACUGUGUCCAUGCCGGCUUUAAGAAUGGUCAUGUUCCCGAGGGGCAGUCCUACUUCGUGGACUUCGGGAGUACGGAGUGUUCGUGCCCGGAAGGUGGCGGACGGAUUGGCUGUCACUUCAUGCCCUGUCCUGAUGUCCCUGCUAACUGCAUCGAGGUGUCUGAGCCGGCUGACGGCUGUGUCACCUGCGAACGUAUCGGCUGUGUCCAUGACAACCAGAAGUACGAGGCCGGACACUCCUUUCACCUUGUUGCUUGUGAGGCGUGCCACUGUCCGUCCGACGGAGGUCAGCUGAUGUGCUACCCUGUCCCAGGCUGUGGUCCCAGCAACCCCGGUGACCCCCACAAACCUAUGCUGGCCACCAUACAGGAGGGUCACCCUACCUACCCCCCUAUCCAUCCCUACCUCACACAGGACAAACUGAGAGAGACGGAGAGAGACAGACAUGCUAAACCCCCCUUUAACACACAGGAGACACAGGCUAUAGGAUUACCCCCCUACAGCCGUCCUCCAUACCCUUUCAACGGGCCAAAACUACCACCAUCCAACAGCCCACACCUCCCCCCAUUCCCAAUCGAUGCCCCUAUUCCCUCGGACCACCUGCCCCUGUUCAAACCAGACCACAUGACUGGGGAUGGGGACUAUGACUACCCUACUACAGACGCAUCAGAACCACCUGAUCUGGCCUACCCUACACCGUCCUCCUCUGUCACCUCUGUCUCCCACCCUGGGACAGGGGCUCCACAGCCGCGCCACGACAGGGGUAAUAGUAAGAGCUACGAUAAGUCUUAUGAUUGGGCUGAUAAUGGAUAUGGUAACAAGGCAUAUGAUAGUAGAGAUAUGCAGGAGCUGAGGGAGAUCUAUGGAGUCCAUGAGCCAACCACAGACAGUAUGGUUACAGACAGAGUAGGACUGAGACACAGGCUAGGGCAGACAGACAGAUCUACAGAGACAGACAGAUCUCAGCAUAUAGGUAGGGUGAAGCUGACAGACAAGCUAAAGAAAACAGACAGGUUGAUGACAUUUGGACUUUACAAGGCCACCACAGAUGGGUUCGGAGAGACAGGCAGCCCAGUUACUGACAGCCCAGUGACAGUAGAACACACCACUUCUAGCCAGCUUGAAGACACCACAGUAGAGACCAGCCCCCGCAGUACCAGCUCCAGCCACCAGGACACCACCUCGAACUGGAACAGACUCUCAGAGAGCCGGAUUUACCCUCACUCUCAAGGGGCCAGUGCUGGGGACGCACUGGAGAUCUGGGAUAGAGGGAUGGAGGGGGAGCAGGAGGAAGAGGAGGAGAGAGUAGAUUCAUUGGAGAAUACCACAGGACCUGGGUGGAGAGACGUGUCUUAUGAUGGAGAUUUGGAUAAACAGGGGAGGAGAGGAGGAGAGGAGGAGAGAGAGAAGAGUACCCCUAGCAACCAUGUGAAGGAUGCAGGUGUCAGAGAACCUGGAAGUCACCAGGACAACACUACAGUAGAACACAGUACUACAUCCCCCAGAAGGAAUCGGGACCACAUCACCCACAGGAAGCCUCACCACCACACCCUGACCCAGAAGCCUAAGCCUCACAAUACUACCCCCAGGGAGUAUGAGGUCGUCACAGACAGAACUACAUCUCCCAGACUGCUUGACCACAACACAGAUAGAACUACAUAUCCCAGACUGCCUGACCACCACACAGUCAAAACUUCAACUCCAAGAGAGCUUGAUGUCAACACCGACAGACCUACAAUCCCAAGACAAGCUGAGCACCACAGCCUCAACAGACAGCCUGAUCACCAUACCCUGACCAGGAAGCCUGACCCCUAUGCAGUCAGAACUACAACUCCCAGAGAGCUGAACCACCACACAACCCACAGACAGCCUGAUCACUAUACCCUGACCAGACAGCCUGAUCCCCAUCACCCAGCUCCCAAGGACCCAGAGCAGCAACAUACUCCUCCCAGGGUGAGAUUCAGCCCAACCAGCCAGCCUUCUCUCAGGGUAUCAGCUGAUCUAGGUCACCACGGAAGUGAGCCUCUCCAUAAGCAGUCCCAGACACUAUUCAACCUGCAGAACAAUGAUGCAGAGGAGCAUGAGAAGGAGGAGAAGGAGAGGGGAUAUGUUCCAGUCUUUCUCCCAAAAACUCAGGAGGCUGGUCCUGGUCCGUCUUCUCUCUACAUGGUGGAGAGAUGCUGUGAGGUGGGCCAGAGGUGGGCAUCAGAGAACCAACACUGUAACAACAUGCCGUUGUUGAAGGACGAUAAACACUCUGUCUGCAGUACAUCCCAGCAGCAGUGUUGUCAGAAUGUUCUAAAGGAGACCAGGUGUCUGGCAGGUAUCACUGCUGCUAAAGGAGGAGACAGGUGUGAGGUCAACCAGGAGAGCCAGUGUGCUGCAGACUCUUACCAGGUGUGCUGCAGUUGUUGUGUGCUGGGUCUGGCUCUACAUGCUGAAGGUAGAGGGUGUGAUGCCCACCAGUACCUGGGGAACCCCUGUGGUCAUGUCCUGCUCACCUGCUGUGAAGAGGAGGGGCUCAGCCCUAACCAAACACAGAGGAGGAAGGAGAGGCCCAGGCCUACUGCCCUGUCUGAGAAAGAUGUGAAUGAGUGUGUGACCAGCACGCACAGUUGCCAGGCCAGUGAGCGCUGUGUGAACACCGUGGGAUCGUUUGUGUGUGAGAGGACCGUCACUUGUCCUGCUGGCUUCCAGCUCAGGAACCAAGUCUGUGAGGAUAUUGAUGAGUGUAUGGUGCGCAGCCACAACUGUGGUCAAAGGUUUGAGUGUGAGAACACGGAGGGCUCCUUCCUGUGUAACCCUAAACAGAGAUGUCUCACCGGCUUCACCCAGGACUCACAUGGAAACUGCAUUGAUAUUAAUGAGUGCAGUAGUCUAUCUGAUCCUUGCAGUGCUGGUUUUCACUGUAUCAACACUGUGGGCUCCUAUACCUGUCAGAGGAAGGUUAUCAUGUGUAGUCAGGGAUACCACUCCAGCCCUGAUGGAACACGCUGCAUCGAUGUGGAUGAAUGUCAGACAGGUAACCAUGGGUGUGGUGAGGGCCAGAUCUGCCAUAACCUCCCUGGUAGCUACCGCUGUGACUGUCAAACAGGCUACCUGUACGAUGCACUACGCCAGGUCUGCAGCGAUGUGAAUGAGUGUUGGAGCUACCCCGGCAGGCUAUGUGCUCAGACGUGUGAGAACAGUCCAGGAUCCUACCAGUGUUCCUGUACAGAAGGCUUCUCUCUGGCCUUCGACGGGAAGAACUGUGAAGAUCUGAAUGAGUGUGACUCGAGUCCGUGUGGUCAGGAGUGUGCUAACAUCUAUGGGUCCUACCAAUGUUACUGCAGACAGGGCUUCUACCUGAAGGAAGACGGACACACCUGUGAAGAUAUUGAUGAGUGUUCCCAGAGUAUUGGCAACCUGUGUGUGUUCCAGUGUGUGAACAUCCCAGGUAGCUAUCAGUGUGCCUGUCCCCCUAACGGAUACACCAUGUCAACCACCGGACACACCUGCAGAGAUAUUGAUGAGUGCACAACAGGAGUUCAUAACUGCUCUACAGAACAGACCUGCUCCAACAUCCAGGGAGGGUACAGGUGUCUCUCUUUCUCCUGCCCUCCAUAUUACAGAAAGGUCUCAGAUACUCGUUGUGAGCGCAGUGGUUGUCCAGCUAACUCUGUAGACUGCCAGACCUCUCCUCUGAGAAUCACCUACUACCAGCUGAGCUUCCAGAUCAACAUUGUCAUCCCCACUCAGAUAUUCAGGAUUGGCCCCUCCCCCGCCUACAGGGGAGACAACAUUGCUAUCUCCAUCACCCACGGUAACGAGGAGAACUACUUCUCCACGCGGAAGCUGAACAGUUUUACGGGGGCGGUGUACCUGCAGCGGCAGGUGAGACAGCCGAGAGACUUCCUGAUUGAUGUGGAGAUGAAGCUGUUGAGACAGGGAGCCUUCACUACCUUCCUGGCCCGGAUAUAUGUCUUCAUCACCUCUAACACACUGUAGAGUCUGUUGAGACAGGGAGCCUUCACGACCUUCCUGGCCCGGAUAUAUGUCUUCAUCACCUCUAACACACUGUAGAGUCUGUUGAGACAGGGAGCCUUCACUACCUUCCUGGCCCGGAUAUAUGUCUUCGUCACCUCUAACACACUGUAGAGUCUGUUGAGACAGGGAGCCUUCACUACCUUCCUGGCCCUGAUAUAUGUCUUCGUCACCUCUAACACACUGUAGAGUCUGUUGAGACAGGGAGCCUUCACUACCUUCCUGGCCCAGAUAUAUGUCUUCGUCACCUCUAACACACUGUAGAGUCUGUUGAGACAGGGAGCCUUCACUACCUUCCUGGACCAGAUAUAUGUCUU